AUGGCUCUUUCCAUGGAUGGAUUUGUUAUUAAGGGUGUGACCUCAGUCAUCGGACUGUCUCCUGUCACUAUGUUGGCUCGUCUCUUCAGACUCCAUGGGCUCGUGGUGGCGUCCCACCCGUGGGAGGUCAUAGUGGGCACCCUGGCUCUCACAGUCUGUUUAAUGUCCAUGAACAGCCUGGCGACAAGCAACCAGGUCUGCAGUUGGGAUGACUGCCCCAAACUUCAAGAGAAAACCCAAGUCGGCAGCAUUAUUAUACUAACAGUUACACGCUGCACAGCCAUUGUUUACAUCUAUAUCCAAUUUAAAACACUUCGCCAACUGGGAUCUAAGUAUAUAUUGGGUAUUGCAGGGUUGUUUACCAUCUUCUCCAGCUUUGUUUUUAGCACUGUGGUCAUACACUUUUUUGGGAAAGAGCUAACAGGCCUCAAUGAAGCCCUGCCAUUUUUCCUAUUGCUCAUUGACCUCUCCAAAGCCUGUGCAUUGGCCAAAUUUGCCUUGAGCUCAAAUUCCCAGGAGGAGGUGAGAGAGAACAUCUCCAAAGGCAUGGGCAUUCUCGGGCCCACCUUCACUCUAGACGCAUUGGUUGAAUGUCUGGUUAUUGGAAUCGGGACAAUGUCAGGGGUGCCUCAACUGGAAAUCAUGUGCUGUUUUAGCUGCAUGUCUGUUCUGGCCAACUAUUUUGUCUUCAUGACCUUCUUUCCUGCUUGUGUCUCACUCGUCUUGGAGUUGUCGAGGGAAAGUAGCGAAGGCCGCCCUGUUUGGCAGUUGAGUCACUUUGCUCGUGUGAUGGCUGAGGAGGAAGAUAAUAAACCCAAUCCUGUUACCCAAAGAGUUAAGAUAAUAAUGUCCCUUGGUUUGGCCCUGGUUCAUGCACAUACAAGACUUGCAUCUGAAAACCAAGAAAAUAAUCGUACUGGAAAAGGAUCCAUGUCGGACUCUCGGCGCUCUGGUGGAACGUCAUGGCCCUUUCAACUCAGCAGUAUGGAUUUAGAGCAAGUUAUAACUCUGAGUCUUGCCCUGCUUCUUGCUGUCAAAUAUGUUUUCUUUGAACAAACGGAGACCGAGUCAUCUCUGUCACUCAAGAGGCUCAGCUCCGCACCACCACACAAACCUUUGAAAGAAGAGGGCUGCUGUAUAAGAAAUGGUUCGGUCCUGAAGACACCGAUUGUUCCUGACGACUUCGUCACAGACCAAACGCCUGUAGCUUCCCCAGGACCAGGCCAGGACGCAGUUAAACUUAAUUGUGUGGCGAACUCUGUGGACAACGCUGCAGUUUCGAGUGACGAGCAAGUACAUUCUGAGUCAGAGCCGCGAGCCGUAGAAGAAUGUUUGUCUGUGCUCUCUGAUCCUCAUCGGGGUCCUAAAUGUCUUAGUGAUGCAGAAGUUAUGAACCUGGUCUCUUUACGCAAAAUCCAAAAUUACAAGUUAGAAACAGUUCUGGAGAACCCAGAAAGAGCAGUGGCCAUCAGAAGAGAGUUGCUCUCCUCACAUUUGCCAUCUCCGUCUGCCUUGGCACACCUGCCUUAUCAAAACUAUGACUAUUCCAAGGUGAUGGGGAACUCCUGUGAAAACGUCAUUGGGUACAUGCCAGUUCCUGUCGGAGUUGCAGGCCCUCUUCUGUUGGACGAUAAACAGUUUUAUGUUCCCCUGGCGACCACAGAGGGGUGUCUUGUGGCCAGCGCUAAUCGAGGAUGCCGAGCUGUCUCACUAAGUGGAGGAUGUAGUAGCCGCAUUCUGGCUGACAGCAUGACUCGGGGUCCAGUGGUGCGACUACCAUCUGCCUGUCGUGCUGCAGAGGCCAAACUUUGGCUUGAAAGUUUAGAAGGUUUCAGUGUUCUGCAAAAGGCCUUUGAUGGGACGAGCAGGUUUGGUCGCCUUAAGAAGUUGUUUGUGGGCUUAGCUGGAAGAAAUCUGUAUAUUCGCUUCCAGUCACAGUCGGGAGAUGCUAUGGGCAUGAAUAUGCUCUCUAAGGGCACUGAGCAUGCUCUGCACAGACUAAAGCAGCAGUUCCCAGACCUGGAGGUGCUGUCAAUAAGUGGAAACUACUGCACUGAUAAGAAACCUGCUGCUCUCAACUGGAUUCUGGGCCGCGGCAAGUCUGUGGUGUGCGAAGCUACUAUUCCAGAAAAGGUUGUCAGAGAGGUCCUAAAGAGCAGUACGGCUGCUCUGGUCGAGUUGAACAUCAAUAAGAAUUUAGUGGGUUCAGCCAUGGCUGGAAGCAUAGGAGGCUUUAACGCUCAUGCAGCUAAUAUUGUAACCGCCAUCUACAUCGCAUGUGGACAGGACCCUGCACAGACUGUGGGUAGUUCUAAUUGCAUCACGCAGAUGGAGCGUGCUGGAACAGGAGAAGAUCUGUACAUCACUUGUACAAUGCCCUCUAUUGAGCUGGGUACUGUGGGAGGAGGCACCAAUUUGAAUCCACAACAAGCUUGUUUAAAAAUGCUGGGUGUCCAAGGCACCAGUCCAAACCAUCCUGGUGAAAAUGGGCGUCAGUUAGCUCGAGUAGUGUGUGCCACUGUCCUGGCGGGGGAGCUCUCUCUUAUGGCUGCUCUAGCUGCUGGACAUCUAGUUAAAAGCCACAUGACGCACAAUAGAUCCACAACAAAUUUGGCUGGAAUGCAUUGUGCCACACUAGACAACGCUGUGACAAAAAAGUCUGAUCCUCCAUCUUGA